AUGCGCUUGAACUUCAGCGAGCCGCCAACCCCGACCUUGAGUCGCCAGAACACCUCGUUGCAAGGGCGGCACCACCAACGAAGGUUGACACAUCCGCAUUUAUUGUCGUCGCGAAAGAAGCCAAGAAGAUGGCCGCUGGUCUUCCGCUUCAUCAAAGGGGCGAUUCAUGCGCAGAUCCUGCUACCAGUCUUCCUGCAUGCUAUGUUUACAGCCUUUGUUGUCUACCUGGACACUUAUGUUUUCGAGACGGUCGGACUUCCCACAAGCAUUAUCCCGUCAUUGUCAAUCGUGGUAGGUUUGAUGCUUGUCUUCCGGAACCAGACCUCAUACAAUAGAUUCUGGGACGGCCGCAAUGCCAUGAGCACGAUGAACACCUGCUUGCGAAACUUGACUCGCACCAUCGUCACCAACAGCUACAGCGCAACCCGUGGGCCACCCAGCCUUGCCGAGCGCGAAGAUAUCGAACGUACUAUCCGCAUUCUUAUGGCUAUUCCUUUCGCAGUCAAGAACCAUCUUCGCGCUGAAUGGGGCGCAGCUUGGGCUAUUGGCGGUGCGCUCGGAAACGACGUGGAUGAGCGUGGCACCGCCGCGUAUAACCCUGACUACGCAGGCUUACUCCCAGCUGGACUGGAGGGCCAUGAGAGUGAGGGACUUGGACUCCCCUAUCAACUCACGUUCUUUGUCGAUGGGUUUAUCAAGCGUGGCGAGGACCGCGGUUGGUUCAAUGCGCCUGGUGCCAGUCAAAUGCAGGCACAGCUGAAUAUGUUCUUGGACGCGUAUGGGAAGAUGGAGACGAUUAAGCUCACUCCGAUGCCAGUGGCUCAUCUAAUCCAUCAGAAACAGGUCCUCGCCCUCUUCGGCUGCGUCCUGCCCUUUGCAAUGGUCGAUGAAAUGGGCUGGUGGGCCAUCCCGAUCGUCUGUCUGGUGAUAUUCACUCUGUACGGCAUUGAAGGAAUUGGCUCCCAGCUGGAAGAUCCCUUUGGCUACGAUAGGAAUGAUAUCAAGAUGGAUGCUCUUGUCGGAGACACCAAGAUCGAGAUCGAUGUUGUCCUCACAGAGUGGCGCGCUUACUCUAAGGCUAUGGAGAGCUCUUGGCACGGUAAUGAUGCAAGCCGCGGCCAUGGGGAGCGAUGCUUGGAUGCUAGCACUAAACCGAGCGCAAACGGAGAUAAGCAAGGCCAGGGCAAGUAUGCGCCGCCUGAUCUGUUUUUGAGGUUGAGGCCGCGUACGGCUGCGGGUGAUAAUGGACAUCGAGAGAACGCAUAA